UAAAACCCGGAUGAUUAAUAGAGACGCACAGUCCACCAGUGUCAGCAGUCGACUUGGUGAAGUAUCAACAACCCAAUGUUGCGCCAAUAUUGACGUAUUUUUGAUUUAUGUAUCUUUUAAUAGUCGGUUCGGUAUACAGUUGCCACAAACAUGGGGGCGAGGUUCGACAGCGAGGUGGCGUCGAUGGUCGAUGUCGCUUUCCGAGCCACUGUGUCGGUCUUCAGGAGCGUGUGGGAGAAACAAGCGCCCAAUUCGGUGUUAGAAGAGCUCAGCCUCUUUGGCGACCUGCGGGAGAUCGAGCGCAAUCUGCUGGCUCAGCUCCAGCGAGUGUUCGCCGAGUUAUGCGACGAGAACGAGACGCUAAAGGCCAAAGUGGACCAGCUGGAGGACGUGAUGCAGAGGAAGGCCGGACUGCUGGAACAGGAGUUGAACGUCCGGGUAGGACAACUAGGCAGAGACAUGGAGCUGCUGGAGAAGGAGAUCAAGAGCAUCAGCGAUGGAGGGGCUGCGGCAGGAGAAGCCUCACUGUCGUCAGUCUCCGUCAACCAGACCUUCGCUGACACAGAAUCCAGUUUGAGUGUCUCAGAAGCAGUUAGUGACGAGGCGGACCGGAGUCCUAAAAUGGACCCACGGUCCAAAGUUCCCCAAGCGAUGAAGGUCAGCGAGCUCGGUGCCGUGCUUAUCGUGGAAGAUGGAGCGUCUGCUGUACAGGAGACAACAGAAGAAUCGCUCGUGGUGCAUCAUGACCCCCAACUUGCGUCCUCACCUCCAGAUGCUCCAAGUCCCAAUUCCUGCUCUCUUAACAGUCAGGAGUUGGCGCAGGAACAGGCACAAAAACAGGGCUCAGUGGAAGAAUCUUCAUCAGGUAGACCGAGAAGAACAAGGAAGCCAAGUUUCAAAGUGGAAAUGGCUCUCUCAACGUCCAUCGACAUAAGCGACGACGAAAGAGACUCUGGCGAAGACGAAGAUAACCCGAGGAAGAAGGCACGGCGGAACGUGAAGCGCUUUGCAUGUGAUGAAUGUGACGCCGCUUUCUACUGGAAGGCCGACCUGAAGAAGCAUGCGGUGCUCCACAAGCAGCCCUUCCCGUGCCAGCAGUGCGACGAGAGCUUCUCUGAGAAAAAGUAUCUGGAGGACCAUGAGCUGAGCCACCAGGCGGUAUCCAAGGCACCGCUACCCUUCCCGUGCCCACGCUGCAAGCGCUCCUACCGCAAGGAGGAGUCUCUACAGAACCACCUGAAGCGCCAUCAGCCAUUGGCCGAGCCAAAGCCUUUCACCUGCGAGCAGUGCGGCAAGACAUUUCGUGUAGAACGCUCUCUGGAGAACCACCUGCUGCGCCACCAGAAGUGGAAGGAGCCACUCCAGUGCACGCUGUGCAACAAGACCUGCAAGACGGCGGUGCAGCUGCGGGGCCACAUGGUGGUGCACUCGGAGGAGCGCCCAUUCAGCUGCGCUACCUGCGGCAAGGAGUUCAAGAGCAAGGACACGCUGCGUUUCCACCAAAUGGUUCACACCAACGCCAAGAAGUACAAGUGCAACAUGUGCGAAGAGACUUUCAAGUACGCCCACUCGCUAACCGUGCACAAACGCAAGCACACCGGCAUCACUCCGUUCGUAUGUGGUGUGUGCGGACGCUCGUACCGCACCGGGACGGCACUCAAACGGCACAGCGUGGUGCACACGGGCGAGAAACCGUUCACCUGCCACGUAUGCGGCGCCCGCUUCAGCCUGAACAACAAUUUGAAGCGACACCUGCGCAUCCACACCGGUGAGAAACCUUUCACCUGCAAGGAUUGCGGCAAGAGCUUCUCGGAUAACAACAAGCUCAAGUCGCACAUGCUGGUGCAUGGAGCCCGGAAGCCUUUCAUGUGCGACCUAUGCGGAAAGACCUUCCUCUUCAACUGCCGCCUGCAGAUCCACCAGAAAUACGUACACACCAAAGCGGACGACAAACCCAAGGCGUUCCCUCCGAGGCAGAGGAACAAGCUUCUUGUCAAGCCGUACAGCUGCAAAAUCUGCCUGGCCAGCUUCAGUGCGGCCUGCUCGCUCAAGCUCCACGAGAAGGGCCACAGCGAGCAUAAGGAGUUCUCCUGCGCUUUGUGCGGCAAGGCCUUCCACAACAAGUACUCGUUCCGCUCACACCAGCGUUCGCACUCGGGCGAGAAGCCCUUCGUGUGCGAAGUGUGCGGCAAGGGAUUCAUUCACGCCGGUAGCCUCAAGCAGCACGAGCGCAUCCACACGGGCGAGAAGCCGUACAAGUGCGAGCAGUGCGGCAAGGACUUUCGCACCGACGGGAACUUCUACCGUCACCUGCGCAUCCACACGGGAGAGAAGCCCUUCGAGUGCGCCUAUUGCCAUCGCAAGUUCCACCAGUCCAACCAGCUCAAGUCACACUUGCAGGUGCACACGGGCCAGAAGCUCUACUCGUGCCAGACAUGCGGACGUGGAUUCUCCGACUCCAGGCAGCUCAAGAAGCACAGCUGUGACGGAACUGUCGUCCCUGCAUUGUUGGCAUAAUAAUAAUGUUGGCUGGUAAUAAGAAUAUGCAACACCUUUUUCUUUUGUGGAAAUAAAACAGAUUUUUUUCCCCCUAGAAUAACAAUUCUACAGGGGGCCCGCGCUGUAUAAACUUGAAAAACUAUAUUAUCAAAAAAGUAAUGAAAUAAAUAUCUGCCAAGGAAAUGGAAAAAUCUAACUUGACUUGGUUCCAAGGGUUGAGGAGUGAAACCACAUCCUCGGGGUUGGAGAGAACCACUCUAUCACUGAGGAAUGUCACCCCGGAUAGUUUAAAGCAUAGAUUUGACAUUCUGAAGAGGUCCUAAACCUAGAUUUAGAUAUAGUCUCAAAUUCCCUUGAAAAUGUGUGUUGCAUGAAACUGACAUUAAUAAUCCCAAAAUGACAAAUCUACUAUUUUCUUAAUGUAUUUUUCAUUUGAAAAAAAUGAAAUCUUACUGUUUUAAAUAUUUUAAUACAAUAUAAGAGUAUGAUUUAUAACAUUGCUAGUUGAGUAUGUUUUGGAGAAUGUACAAAAUAACGUUUAUUUUGAAAGUUUGGAACCUUUAUUUUGAAAUCCUCGAGUCUAACGACCUUCCUGUUGGGUUCUGUUUGCGAACUAACCGAAGAGAGAGAUAAUCUACAAUAAAUUCCAUAUACCAUG